AUGGCCAACGAGUCGACCCCGUUGAUCCAGACAGUGCGAGUAGGGCCGCCGCGCAGGAGGUAUCGUCACCACACGCUUCGUCGCUUCUGCAACAUUGCCUGCGUCAGCCUGCUGCUCUGUGGCUUUGCCUCCUUUGCGCUGCACUCCCUCUACAUCUGGCCCUCUGGACAGGAGCACCGCCACCGUCAUCCUCACCAUCCUCACCACGGCCACCCCGACCACGGGCAUAAGCACCUUAGCCACGAGGAUCUGCAGGCCAUCCUGCUCGACACGCCUUCUUCGGAAAAGGCUGAGGAAUGGAGCCGCUAUUACACGUCGGGAGCUCACCUUGCCGGGAAGAACUAUUCACAGGCCGAAUGGACCAAGGACAGGUGGGAGGAAUGGGGCGUCAAGUCCAGCAUCGUCGCCUAUGAUGUCUACAUCAACUACCCCAUCGAUCAUAGCGUAUCUCUGCUGGAAAAGUCGAGCGACGCCAAGUCCUGGAACGUUGCGUUCAAGGCCUCUCUGACCGAAGACGUUCUGGAGGAGGAUCCUACCACCGCUGCCAAAGACAAGAUCCCAACGUUCCACGGCUACUCCGCCAGCGGCAACGUCACCGGCUCCUUUGUCUACGUCAACUAUGGAACGUACCGAGACUUUGCAGAUCUAGUCGAGGCUGGCAUUGACCUCGAGGGAAAGAUUGCCAUUGCCAGGUAUGGAGGCAUCUUCCGAGGCCUCAAGGUCAAGCGCGCCCAGGAACUCGGCAUGAUUGGUGUCCUCAUCUACAGCGACCCCGGCGAUGAUGGCGAAAUCACCGAGGAAAACGGUUACGCUGCCUAUCCGGAGGGCCCUGCUCGUAACCCCAGCAGCGUACAGCGCGGAAGCGUCCAGUUCCUAAGCUCGCGCCCUGGCGACCCAACAACCCCUGGCUACCCUUCGAAGCCCGGUGUCCCUCGUGCACCGGCUGAUGAAACCACCCCGUCAAUCCCCUCCAUCCCCAUCUCCUAUGCCGAUGCCCUGCCGCUGCUCAAGGCGCUCAACGGCCACGGCCCUCGGGCUAGCGACCUCAACAAGUGGUGGAACAGGAAGCUCGGCUUGGGUUACAAGGGCGUUGACUACAACAUUGGACCCUCGCCCGAGGAUGUUGUCAUCAACCUCUACAACGAGCAGGACUAUGUCAUUGCUCCUCAAUGGGACGUAAUUGGCAUCAUUAACGGCACGAUCCCCAACGAGGUCAUCAUUGUGGGCAACCACCGAGAUGCCUGGAUCGUCGGCGGCGCGUCUGAUCCCAACAGCGGCUCGUCCGUCUUGAAUGAAGCCGUUCGAAGCAUUGGCAAGGCCCUGGAAGCGGGCUGGAAGCCUCUCCGAACCAUUGUCUUUGCCAGCUGGGACGGAGAGGAGUAUGGCCUGAUUGGAAGCACAGAGUGGGUUGAAGAAUACCUGCCCUGGAUCACUGAUGCCAACGUGGCAUAUGUCAAUGUCGAUGGCGGUGCUUCUGGGCCGCAAUUCUCUGCCGCAGCAGCGCCUCUAUUGAACCAGGUUCUUCGAGACGCCACCCAUCUCGUGCCAUCGCCCAACCAGACUGUUGCUGGCCAGACUGUGGGAGAUGUGUGGGACGGUAAAAUCAGCACAAUGGGCUCUGGCAGCGACUUCACUGCCUUCCAGGAUUACGCCGGCAUUCCCAGUCUUGACAUGGGAUUCGGCGGCAAUGGCAGUGGUCCUGUUUAUCAUUACCACAGCAACUAUGACAGCUUCCAUUGGAUGAGCGAAUAUGCUGACCCCGGCUUCGUCUACCAUCGAACAAUGGCCCAGGUUCUCGCAGUCCUCGUCGGGGAGCUUGCCGACCGAGUGGUGAUUCCGUUUGGAGCAACCGAGUAUGCAGACGCUCUGGACAGCUAUCUCGACAAGGUUGAGGCCAAGCUGCAGCCUGCUGAUGCCGACCUGGCUACUGACGAUGAAAUCUUUGCCGUUCGAGGCAGUGUCUCUUCCCAUGAGGUAAUUGGGAGCCAGGAUGCCUUUGAGGAAAGCCUCAAGAAAAUCCGACACUCAAUCUCCGAAUUCAGGGACAAGGCAGUCAAGCUGGAUGAGCGCGCGGCCUGGGCGAAGAAGAAACUUGAAGAAGGCCUUCCAUGGUGGAACAUCAUCGGCAAGGCCAGACUCGGGCUCACGAUCAUCAGGGUGAACCACCAAUACAAGUAUAUCGAGCGACAGUUUGUGUUUGAGGGUGGCUUGGACAACCGCAGCUGGUUCAAGCACGUUGUCUUUGCUCCUGGCUUGUGGACGGGCUAUGCUGGUGCUGUCUAUCCCGGACUCGUCGAAAGCAUCGAUGCAAAGAAUUACAGCAAUGGUCUGAAGUGGGCUGGGAUCAUCAAGCACGCUGUCGACAAGGCUACAAAGAGCAUCCAGUAG